GUGAUUACUUUAGGUACCUAUGUACCCGAAGGUUACCUAGGUAGGUACCUAGGAGGUAGGAGGUACCGGGCACUUUAUUAUCGGACACAAUGUUGAUCCCUCCGACCUGAGUUGGGCAGAGUACCUAGGUAUCUACCUCUUUCCACCAUCCAAAAGCCAAUUAGUGCCUCCACAUGUCGCACGCAUAUCAAUGAAAGCCAUUAAUCAAAUCCCUGUCACUUUCUUAAUCUCCAUCAACCCAAUCAACAAGCUUCUACAGCUGCAUGAACCUAGGUACCAUAGCCUACCGGAGUAAGAAUUUCAGGUCAAGUCAGGGGCCUAAACAAGCAGACAAGCAACUAAACUUCGCUGCCCCGCCAAAUAAAAACAUAUUGUCUUAGGCGGACUUCCAGUUGUCGUUGCAUUUCGAAGCUUCAAACUUCCAUUCCUUGCCUUAGCAUUAUAUACAUACAUCUUUGUGUCGGUCAUCAUGCUUCAGGUUCCGAUUCGAGAAAAACAUAAUGGUCCCGGUACGGGUACCAAAGCUAUUAUUCUGGUUGGUGGUCCUUCGAGAGGAACUCGCUUCCGUCCUCUGUCACUCGAUGUCCCAAAGCCUCUGUUCGACGUUGCUGGCCAUCCCAUCAUCUGGCACUGCUUGACCGCCAUUGCGAAAGUACCCUCCAUCCAGGAGGUUAUUAUGAUUGGUUACUAUGAUGAAUCUGUAUUUAAGGAUUUUAUCAAGGAGGCCGCUUCAGAAUUUCACAAUCUCCCUAUCAAAUACCUACGAGAAUACCAAGCGCUAGGAACAGCAGGUGGCCUGUACCAUUUCCGAGAUGCUAUCCUCAAGGGUCGACCUGAGCGCAUCUUCGUCCUCAACUCGGACGUAUGCUGUUCUUUCCCUCUCAACGAGAUGGCGAAGAUAUUCGACGAUAAGGAUGCCGAAGCUGUCAUUCUAGGAACCCGGGUUAGCGAAGAUGCUGCCACCAACUUUGGUUGCAUCGUAUCCGACCAACACUCUCGUCGCGUGUUACACUACGUCGAAAAGCCAGAAAGCCACAUCUCGAAUCUCAUCAACUGCGGUGUCUAUCUCUUCAGCGUCGAUGCCAUCUUCCCGAGCAUCAAGACCGCUAUCAAGCGAAGAACCGAUCGACCGCGACUAGUGUCAUAUCCCUCGUCCGAGAACCUCGAGUCAAGCUUCAUGGCCGACGAAGAUGAGGAGAAGAAGAAUGAAGUCAUCCGCCUCGAACAAGAUAUCCUUAGCGAUCUUGCGGAUAGCAAGCAAUUCUUCGUAUACGAAACCAAGGACUUCUGGCGCCAGAUCAAGACGGCUGGCUCUGCCGUCCCAGCUAACGCGCUAUACCUACAGAAGGCCUACCAAACCGGGUCGACCGAACUUGCGAAGCCUUCCCCUAACGUUAUACCACCUGUCUUCAUUCACCCCUCCGCCCACGUCGACCCUACUGCUAAGCUCGGACCUAAUGUUUCUAUCGGACCCCGAGCUGUCAUCGGACCCGGUGCAAGAGUAAAGGAGUCUAUCGUUCUUGAGGAUGCGGAGAUCAAGCAUGACGCUUGUGUGUUAUACUCUAUCGUCGGGUGGAAUAGCCGAAUUGGUGCAUGGGCUCGUGUUGAAGGCACGCCCACGCCCGUCACAAGCCAUUCCACCAGCAUCGUGAAGAACGGUGUGAAGGUGCAAAGUAUCACUAUUCUAGGAAAGGAAUGCGCGGUUGGUGACGAAGUGCGCGUGCAAAACUGUGUCUGUCUACCUUUCAAGGAGUUAAAGAGGGAUGUCGCUAAUGAAGUCAUCAUGUGAGGACGUUUACCGUGGUAAAGCAAAUUACUUGCGGCCUCCUUUCUCCUUGCGAUGUCAGAGAGCACAGUCGGUUCUCAAUUUGGUGUAAGAGCUUUGAAGAGAAAAAAAAACCUACUAUGAUACCUUCGGCGCAACUUGCCAGCCAGCCAGUCAGAUAGUCGAGACGUUAUAUAAUUGGCAACGUUUCUGUUUUUCAAUGUCAUUUUGGCUUCUCUGCAUUUUGCCCAGGCGGAACAGUGAUUCUCGAUUCAGAUUACCACGAUAUAAGUUGUUACAACGUGACAAGCUCUUCGCAGCGCAGUGAGAAAUAACAUGAUGCAAGCCAGCAUACCAUUUGGUAAUGUAUCAGGCAUACCCAGCCAUGUCGAUAUACUUUUAAACGUAUUAAAUAACAGGUACCUCUUAUGCAG